CCUUGUACGAUAAACUUAAAAAUUAAUAAAACUUGAUCCGUAUUUUGUAAGACUUACUUAAUUCAAUAGCAUCGAGAGCUGGUAGCUGAAGUUCCAUAUUUAGAAUCGAUAACCAAAGUUCGUGGAACACAACUUAAUGACUCCAGAAAUUCCUGAUCCGCACAGAUGUCAUGCAUAAAAAAUAAUGAACGCCGCGGUUGAUUUUGCACCUGAAGCGGUUUGUGCGUUUGUGGCUCAUGAUCACUGGCGUCUGGCUAGUGGCUAUGAGUGGUUUUACCCAGUUGCGCAACAGCGUACACAGAAUAUGUUGGCCCAAGAUGACGCUUAUACUUCUGCAAAGGCUGACGGUGAACUUGUGGGGAAAAUGUCAAAUCAUCAUCAGUUCAACUCGGACCAGCUGGAGUACACUUCGGAAUUCAAACAGAAACUUGACCAUAUCAUCCAGGGAUACAAGGAUCCCGCUGCGGAUUCCACGGCGGAAACUGAUCCGGAAAGACAGACUGAGUGCGCUGCCGACGAAGCGGACACGAACGACAUUGAUGCCGAAGAAACUGUUGGUCAGCGGCGUCAACGCUUACGUCGAGAGAUGAUGAAACGAUCGGUGAAAGUGAGAUACGAAAUCUAAGAUGGAGUUUUGUUUUUUUAUGGAAUGGAUACAUUCUUACAAGUUCUCUGUUUCAAUAAAUCAGUCUUUCAGCCAGAAUCUGCUUACGUUUCAUAAUGUCAAUAAGCAUAUCUUGUCCAAAGUUUAUCGUCUGGGGGUCACGAAUCAUGGGGCUGUUUUCAUAAUGGCACUUGACA